AUGGUGGUACCCUCCGCAAAGAAGCAAAAGACUGCAGGCGCUGCAUCCUCCGGCUCACGAAUAACAGACCCUCGAUUCGCAAACAUCCAAUCCGACCCACGAUACCGCUUGCCCGGCAAGAAGAACAAAGUCAAACUUGACAAGCGGUUCGCACGGGUCCUCGAAGACGAUGAUUUUGUGAAGAGAGCCAAAGUUGACCGGUAUGGACGUCCGUUGGAAGCGAACGUGGAGAAGAAGAGGCUGAAGAGGAAAUAUGAGUUUGACGAGGAUGAAGAGCCAGAGAGUGACGAGGCGGACGAUGACGACGAGGUUCAGAAGGAGUUGAGCAGGGUUGAGAAGAAAACUCGUGAUCCGUUACGAGAAGGGCGAGAGACGGAUUCUGAAGCCGAGACCUCCUCGGACGACACGUCCACCGACUCAGACUCGCAGGACGAGGAGGGAGCAGAAGAUGUCGAUGAAGAACUCGACGUCAGCCCAACCCAACAGCAGGAGGUGCCGACUGGAGAAGUCACAUCUCGCAUCGCCAUCGUCAACUUGGACUGGGACAACAUCCGCGCCGCGGACCUGAUGGCCGUCUUCUCCAGCUUUCUACCUUCUGCCGGCGGAUCCCUCGUCAAGGUCACCAUCUAUCCCAGCGAAUUUGGCAAAGAAAGACUCGAAAGAGAAGAAUUGGAAGGACCACCCAAAGAUAUCUUCACAAACACGGCAAAAGAGGGCAAUGCUGAUGACGAUACGUCCGAUGAUGAAGAAGCCGACGAAGACAUAAAAGCGACAAUCCUCAAAAAUCAAAAUGGCGAUGAAGACUUCAACGCAACCGCCCUACGGAAAUACCAACUCGAACGUCUGCGCUAUUUCUACGCUAUUCUCACCUUCUCAUCCCCAUCUGUGGCGAAACACAUCUACGACGCCGUCGACGGAACAGAAUACCUCCGUACUGCGAACUUCUUCGACCUGAGAUUCGUGCCGGCUGACACCGAUUUUAGCACAGAUGUUCCGCGGGAAGAGUGUGAGCGGAUACCCGAUGAUUACCGACCGAAUGAGUUCGUCACGGACGCCUUGCAGCACAGCAAAGUCAAGUUGACCUGGGAUGCGGAGGACACAGGGAGGAAAGAAGCCGUGGCACGGGCGUUCAAGGGUGGCAAGGCCAAGGGAAAGAAGGGCAUGCAAGAAAUGAUCGAUGAGAAUGAUCUCAGAGCCUAUCUCGCAUCUGAUUCCGACGACUCUGCCUCGGAAGGAUUGGAGCUUGAAGCCGGAACAAGCAAUACUCACGAUGACGCUCCCGCAGCACGCCUGUCGAAGAAGGACGCCGAACGCCAACGGAUGCGAACUCUCCUGGGCCUGCCUCUCGACCCCGUCAAGCCGUCCAAAACCAAAGAUCAAGCACCUAUAGGAGACAUGCAAAUCACAUUUACAUCCGGUCUAAAUCCCAGCAAAGAUGAUAAGAAACGUUCUGUGUUCGAAAACUCGCCCGAGCCGGAGGAGACGACACUAGAAAAGUACGUCCGCAAAGAACGAGAACGCAAACAAAAACGGAGAGAAAAGAUGAAGUCGGCGAACGCAAUCCCUGGUCAUGAAGACCGCGACGAUGCCCCCACAGAGACCGCUGAUCAGCUUGUUGAAGACGCGCACGAAGAGGAAGACGAGUUAGGAUUCGACGACCCAUUCUUCGCCUCCGCCGAACCAUCUGCCGAGCACUCCAAAUCAACGUCCAACAGACUGAAAAAGGAAGAACGGCUGAAGAAAAAACAACUGCGGGAGGCAGAAGAAGAAAGGGACCGCAAACAGCGCGCCGAGCUCGAACUUCUCAUGGCGGAUGACGACGUCGAAGACAAUGACGGCGUCCCAGGAAAGUCCAAGAUCCGACAUUUUGACAUGCGCGAAAUCGAGCGCGCCGAGAAGCAAGCUCGCAAGAAGGGCAAGAAGAACAAGCUCAAGAGUAAGACCAAGUCCGAGGCUGCCCACAAUGGCUCCGGCGAGAUGCCAGCAGAUGACUUCCAGGUCGACACCUCGGACCCGCGCUUCGCCCGCCUCUUCUCGUCGCAUGAAUACGCCAUCGACCCGACGAACCCGCGCUUCAAAGGCACGAAGAACAUGAAGUUGCUGCUGGAUGAGGGUCGGAAACGCAAGAACAAGGACCAGCAGAAGCAGAGCGGUGGAAGAGAUGACUCGCGAGAAGGACGAUUGGCCGGGAAGAAAUCAACCGGCGAUUCUGAGCACGUGGGCGAUGUCAAGAGCCUGGUGGAGAAGAUCAAAAGGCAGCAGAAGAGCUGA